AUGAGGAGAGUUGUACUGAAAGAAGCCGCCAAACGAUUCCCCUGGAUGGCCAAUGUCACUUUGUACGGGUGCUUAUUCGCCGGCGGUGACCUGGUCCAUCAGCUCAUAGCUCAGAAGGAACGCAUGGACUGGAAACACACUCGCGACGUGGCCAUUGUGGCAAUCAGUUUCCAUGGAAACUUCAAUUACUUCUGGCUGCGAGCCCUGGAGAGGCGUUUCCCUGGAAAGUCCGCCGGGAUGGUUUUCCGCAAACUCCUGCUGGACCAAAGCUUCGCGUCGCCUUUGGCCACCAGUGUCUUCUAUACAGGGGUGAGCUUCUUGGAGGGUAAGGAGGACAUCUUUGAAGACUGGAGAGAGAAGUUCUUUAACACCUGGAAGACUGGACUCAUGUACUGGCCAUUCAUGCAGUUUCUGAACUUUAUCCUGAUGCCGCUGCACAUGCGAACGGCCUUCAUGGGCUGCUGCGCCUUCCUCUGGGCCACCUUCCUGUGCUUCUCCCGGCAGAGCGGUGAUGGCACUGCCGGCGUGGCUCUGGCCUUUGUCAUGGACCCCCGUAAGACCCUGGAGGAGAUACGCGAGGCCCGACUGACCCGAAAAAAGGAAAAUACCCAGAGGGAAAACUAA